UAUAUUGCUAAAGAUUGUGAACUAAAAUCUUAUGCCUGUCCCUACAGAGAUGGAGUCCCACCUUAUAGAUAUCGUAAGCCGCAUCGACAUGAGAUCCACGAAAGUGCCAAAGUUAAUGGGCGAGUGCCACUACCUCAUAUUCCCCGCACAAACCGGAUGCCAAAGGAUAUUCACGUUGAGCCGGAGAAGUUUGCGGCGGAGCUCAUCAGCAGGCUGGAGGGGGUGCUGAGGGAACGUGAGGCGCAAGAAAAACUGGAAGAGCGGCUCAAGAGAGUUCGGCUGGAAGAGGAAGGUGACGAUGCGGACAUCUCCACUGCUCCCUCCCUGGCCAAUCACAGGAUUCCUCCAGCAGUCCACGUGCAGCAUUAUGGCGGCCGCUACUCUGAAAUGAGCUACAACGGGCUGCAGCUACGGGACGCACACGAGGAAAACCCCGAGAGCAUCCUGGACGAGCAUGUGCAGCGUGUCAUGAAAACCCCCGGCUGUCAAUCUCCGGGCACGGGGCGCCACUCUCCGAAGUCCCGCUCCCCUGACGGGCUUCCUGCGGGCAAGAUUCCCGGGAUGAUGAUGAUGCCGCUGUCCGGUGGCCAAGGCAAGCACCAGGCUCGGCUGGGCCCGAAGGGGGAAGCAGCGCACCUGCACCAUCACAAACACAUCCACCACACACACUAUGCCGCGGGGGGGAAACCCAAAGAGCAAGUGGAUGCGGAAGCCAUGAGGAUGCAUGGGGGACUGGCCUGGAAUAUGGAGCAACACCACUUUGGAUCCAAGUCACGCAACUUUGCAGAUGGGAUGAGCGUCGGCCCCAGUGCCAUGGACCCCAUGGGUUACGGCAGUAAAGGAAGCACACUGUCAAAGCGACCAGUCAGAAAAGGAGAGGAUGGUCGAAACUUUGAGAUGCGAGAGCCCUUGCCCCUUGAUGAUAUGGAGAGGAACCAGAAGAUCUUGCAGUGGAUGAUGGAGGGCGAGAAGGAAGCUGGCCGCUCUAAGAGGAGCCCUUACGGGAGCAUCUCUGGCUCCAAGAAGGCUCAGAGUCACGAGGUGUCGAGGCCCAGCUCGGUGGAGCGGCCGGGGGCUGUGCACCCUUGGGUCACCGCUCAGCUCCGCAACAAUGUGCAGCCCUCCCAUCCCUUCAUCCAGGAUCCAACCAUGCCCCCCAACCCAGCCCCCAACCCCCUCACCCAGCUGGAAGAGGCACGCAGGCGGCUUGAGGAGGAGAGGAGGAAGUCUGGAGCAUUGCAGGCUAAGCCGAGGCAUAAGAAUAUGAAGAAGCAGCCUUGUGAGAACAUCACCGUGGCCUAUUACUUCUGUGGAGAGCCCAUCCCGUACAGGACGACUGUCAAAGGAAGGAUCGUCACGCUGGGACAGUUCAAGGAACUGCUUACUAAGAAAGGGAGCUACAGGUAUUAUUUCAAGAAAGUGAGCGAUGAGUUUGACUGCGGAGUGGUGUUCGAGGAGGUUCGCGAAGACGAUGCCAUCCUGCCCAUCUUCGAGGAGAAGAUCAUCGGAAAAGUUGAGAAGAUCGACUGAGGCCGGGGAGGGAGGGACCGGGGCUGCAGAGGCGCAGCAGGAUAUGGAGAAAAGGAGGACGCGGCGAGCAGGUGCUGAGAUUGGUACAGCGAAUGUGGAUGUGCUGGAGAGCGAGAGGUGCAGAGCAGGAACGGAAAGUACACUAUUUACUCCGAGGCGUCUACCUCCGCACAACGGCUUUUAAAGUCACACAGCUGCUCAGUGCGCUCAAGAUCACUGCGUUGUGCACGGAGAGCCCUCGGACUCACAGAGACGAAAGCGUGAGGCAGCAUUCUCUCACUUUUGCUAUAUUUCUAACCCUGAAAAAUGUAAUGUAGCAAUGUAAAGUUAGCUUAGAGAAAAGUACUAUGAAUAUGUUUACUAAAGCUGCAUAUUUUUGAUAUGACGUAUCAGAAGGAACAUAUCCUUUCUAAUUUAACAACUCUUGUAAUUUUAUAUGUACUGGUACCAGAUGUGUACAGACUGUAUGUUUAAAAGGAAAAAGAGAAAGUUUUAUAUCUAUUUAAAUAUUUAAAAAAAAAAAACGGAAAAAAGAAAAAAAAAGCGGAAUCGGUUCACCCAUAUCAAAGCUGCGGCAUCAACCUGACCCAAAAUAUAGUGGGCUUUCACAAAGCUGCGGUUACGGAGAAAUCGCAACCCGCGCUUUACCAAGUGCUUUUAACUCAUAAAACUGGUUUGUUAAAUGCGUUAUGCAUUGAUGUCAGAGGAGUACCGCUUUGAGCAGAUGUCCUGUAUGACGAUGCCUUCACAUUGCUCUCUGUCCUUCGCUGAUGUCAUGACAUACAUGAUAAUAACACAGCAUGAUUUCAGAGCAAAGGAUGUAGCACUGUCAAAUGAUUAAUCGCGAUUAAUCACAUCCAAGAUAAGUUUGUUUACGAUAUGUAAGUGUUUACUGUAUAUUUGUGUAUAUAUAAAUGCACACUCGUACAGUAUAUUUUAUAUUGUAUUUAUUUAUAUUCAUAUAUCUUAUAUAGGUUUUCUCAAAUAUAUACAUGCAUGUGUGCAUAUCGAUCGAUAUAUACAUAACAAAUAUAUACACUUAUAUUAUGCAAACAGAAAAUUGCGAUUAAUCAUUUGACGGCGCUGAAAGGAUGAGUGCGGCAAUUUUAUGAAACUAAUAUCUCACGAUGUUUAAGUGGCAGAAGUUAUAAGUCUGUAGUUUAUAUCCAGAAUCUGUAAGGUGGCUCUCCAGGUGUGAGAUCCGCAGCAGCGCUGACGCCUGUUUAGGAGCAGGGGAAUGUGAGACUUGAGGAAGAGGACGCGACGUGCUGGUCGUCCUGGGGUCCAUCGUCUGUCUAGUGCCAUUGGACAAUAUACGGAUCAUGUUUACACUUACCUUAAUGUAUUACAGAACAAGAAACGAAUCGAGCAUUGUAGCCUUUUAGCUUAACACGGCUAAAUGUGGUGCCUGGCAAGAUUGAAUCGUUUUUAACAAAUUUAGUUUUAGCCAUGUUGAGAUCAUGAAACACCAAAGAGAACAAUCUAUCGCAGGAGUCGAAUGAAAUCCGUUUGCGUUGUUUCAGCGACAAAAAAAAAUGAAGCUCCUUAGAGUUUUCAGGCUGCGUGUUGUAAUGAAACACAGAGAAGUGUAACUAACCGCUAGGACAGGCCUGGCGAGACCGAGCCAGACGUGGUGCUGUAACGGUAGAAUGCUUUCUGUUGAUCCGGCAUCCCAUUUCUGCUUUAGUUUUUACAUUUUUAAUUCCCCGUGUAGUUUGAUUUAAGUUGCUAUUGUCAUCGAUGUUUGUUCAGUGAUUUGUCAUGUUUGUUUUUAUUUUUUUUCCCCCACGUUCAGUUAGAAUUGUUUUAAGCUUUCAUCAACUUGAACAAUAUGGGUACUUGAUGCAAAAUAUGGAACAUUUCUCAUGUUUGUUUCGACUGAUUUUUAAUUACGGUGUAAUUGUCAACUGGGAUGUAAAGAGUUAACUACUGUGAAUAGCUUGGGCGUGAGCUCCUCUCACCGAAUGAUGGAUGACCUGUACAUAGACAUCACAGAGUGCCUUUCUGACCAUCCUCAUCUCUGAUCCACGGUCUGCUCUCCUCACUCCAUGUGUCCAGUACCAGGGACUUGCAUUAUGUUUUUAACUUUCUUAAGAACUUUUUUUGUUGUUGUUGUUUCCUUUGCGAAGAGCAUCAACACACUUUAAGUCUUUCUAUGUAAAUAUGUACAUUUUUUUUUCUUUUUUUUUAUGUGUCUUCAAGGACAACCAGCAACCCAAUUUGGAUAUUUAGUGCCCUGGUUCUGCUUAAGUGUGCCGAGAUUGUACAGUUCACAUUUUAUGGUACUUUGGACAAUAAAGACAUGUUAUAAAACAAA